AUGCCGCCUCUGGAUGCCUGCAAGUUCGAUGUGCGGCUGAAACAAGAUGUGAACAUCGCGUCGCUGCGAAGAGACUUCCCUUUGCUGGCUUCGGUGAAAUCCGGCAGUCUCUCGAUUGAGGUUUGUGCAGAGCCAGGAAAUGUGGAUGACUAUGGCCUGGUCUUCGACCAGCCACGCUGCGUCAUCGAGGAUCCGGAUUGUCCACUUCCAGAGGAAGCACCGGAAGGAUACGCCAUUGAAGACGGGGAGUUUGUCUGCGCAGAUGGCUAUGUAGGCGCCUUCGUGUUGAGCCGCUGCGGACACGACAAGAACUGCAAUAAGGCCUUGGACCCCAUCGGCUGCACGCCGACUGUGAACUGCGCGCCCCUGAAAAUCGACCCAUGUGAGCGGGACAACGUUGGCUGCUGGGACGUGCAGGCGGGCGGGAGUUGCUUCAUCCAGUGCAAGCCGCCCUACUUUGGCACACCCACCCUGGCUCGGUGCCCCGCGGGAAACACCGAUCCGAAUACUCCCCUGGAGUACGACCUGACUUUCUGCUUCUGCUCUGACCCGCCCUUCACGCCGGCCGGCUACACCAAAGACAUGUUCGGGCAGUGGAUCUGCGAAGAGGGCUAUGCUGGGACGGCCGUCAAGCAGUGUCGCGUCGGCGAGACCUGCAUCGCAGAUGCACAGCUGGUUGGUUGCGAGAAACUGGAGCCUUGUGCGCCGCUGCAGCCGACGUCCUGCGAGCAGGAUGUUUCAAACUGUGCCAACAUACCACCAGGUGGCAGCUGCGUGGUCAGCUGCCGCACGCCUUGGGCCAAUGUCGCGACCACCGUUGCCACGUGUCCAGACGCGAAUACCGACCCGCUUCGCACGGUGGACUGGACGCCGCCGGUGUGCGAGCUUCAGUGUCCGGAACCUCCGGUGAUCCCUCAGGGGUUUGAGUGGAAUCCUGGCACUUUUGAGGCGCUUUGCCAGAUAGGCUACCUGGGGCCCCCAAUCACGAACUGCACGGUGGACAACACGACGUGCCAGGUCACGACGCACAUCUCCGGCUGCCAGCGCCUGCAACCCUGCAUACUUCCGGAAGGCGACUUCUGCCGGGUGAACAUGACAUCCUGCAGGAAUGUCAUGCCCGGCGGCACCUGCAACCCACCUUGCAUUCCGCCCUUCGAGCUCUACGGCGCACCGGGCCUAGCCACUUGCCCCGAGGGAAACUUGGAUCCAGAUUUGCCUCUUACCUGGGAGCAAUAUCCGAACUGCUCCGUCUUUCAGUGCCCGGAUCCUUCGCCCGUGCCUUUGGGCUACGAGUUCGGCAUCGACCAAAGAAGCCCCGCAGCCAUCGAAGCAGGUGUGGAUCGCUGGUACUGCAGCCCUGGCUACGUCGGCGAGCCCGUGCGCGUUUGCGGCAGUAACAUCACUUGCGGUGUGAUUGCACACUUGUCCGGCUGUUUGCCAAUCACGCCUUGUCGUGCUCCUGUGGUCGACACCUGCCGUGUGGAUGACUCCAGAUGUGGCAGCAUCCGUCCUGGAGGGCGAUGUACUCUGUCUUGCCGCGCACCCUUCCAGGGUGCUGGGACUAUCGCCUCCUGUCUGGCCUCCAACACGGAUCCCGAUGGUCUUCUUUUUCGGUCGCCCAUCUGUCGGCUGCCCGACAACUUCGAUCCACUUCCUCUGGACCCCGGCUUCGCUGGUACACGCACCGGGUUCAACUGCAGCGAGGGCUACGCUGGACCCAUUCAGACGAUCUGCCGAAUGGAGGAAGGCUGUCGCAUCUUCACGUUCCCGGAUGGCUGCGCACCUCCGGUGCCCUGUCGGGUGAGCAGCUUCGAGGACACGGAUGGCCGUGCAGGUUUCAUCUCAGGUAACCUUUCCUUCGGACGUAGCCAGUUGGAUGAGACGCUGAAUACGGGGCAGGGCCGCAACGCCCUGAACAACGACGUUCGUCUGCGAUUCACUGGAAAAGGUGUCAUCUACGAGGAUGAGGUUGAAAGGUAUUCGAUCUACUUUGUAGGCGAGUGCAACAACACCCUGGAGCCGGCUUUAGCAUCCGUGGUCCCGCUUGACUCCUCAAACCAGAUCCUGUGCUGCGAUGAGGAGGUCUACAACAUCUCCUUGGACAGUAUCAUGGUCCCUGCCCAAGCCAUGGGAAUCGAGUCCGGAACCAGGAUCCACGGACUGGCGGUGCGAGUUCUGAUCCGCAAGCCGAAGACCUUGGAGUUGUCGGAGCACUACUGGGUCACGCAUUUCGAAGACCGGAUCGAUCCCAUCACCAACUGUGCUCCGUCCUGGACACAGGGCUCUUGGCUUUGGCUGGUCAUGCUCUUCCUGAGCUACACAUGA